UUACUAUAGAAAUCUAUCGUUUAUUUUCAGUGACAAUGUGCCUAUACUGUGCUUUUCAUAAAAAUAACGGAGCCUUACAGGUGCAAUAAUGCGAAGAAUGUAGAAGCAAUGGCGAGGAAUGGCAGUUUCGCUCCGCCCACUGGCUAUACAAACACGCUGAUUGGCGAGCUGUCGAUGACGAACUCUGGGCUGAAUAGCUAUUGGCUAAGGUAGAAUGACGUCAUGAUCGUGAGAAGUUGUGACAGUUCAUUCACAACACGAGGGUCAGUCAAGGAUUUACCAGUGAGGAGUGCGUGUGUGUGUGUGUGUGACAGCUUAAGUGAACUGCUGGACAGUGAACAUCGUGAGAGGCGUGUUAAUUACUUAAAUAUCUCGAUACUUUUGUUGAUAUGUUGUGGAUUGGAUAAAUACUUUUUGCUAGUGAGGAAGAUGCUGAAGUACGUGCAGGUGUCACCGUACCGCAGCUCGUCGGCCCUGGGCGGGGUGCGACGCGUUGGUGAGGGCUGCCUUAGUGACGACUCAGCCACCCUCUCCUCCCCCUCCACCCCGUCCACCCGCAUGUCCUCCGCCUCCAGCCAUGCCUUCACCUGUUCCUCCUCGUCGUCAUCCGCUGGGUCAUCGUCAGCGUCUUCAUCUGGAUCAUCUUCGGGAGGAGGAACGGGACGAGUUGUAGGACGAGCCGAUAGUGUCAGCCUCAACUCGUCUAUGUCUUGCUCGAGUUUGAGUCAGGACCCACUCAGCUCACGCUCAUCGUCGUCUACUUCCCUCCACGACACACACAAGGUUGCGUCGCUGCCGCCCUCCACCACCAAGACGACUGUGCGAGUGUGGGUGAGGUGCCUGAUGCAGGAGAUGGAGUACAAGACCGUGUGCAUCACCUACACCACCACCUGCAGGGAGCUCGUGCACUCUAUACCUAAGUUCAAAAUGAAACAUCGAGAUCCGAAUCUUUUUUACUUAACUAUGGAAGUAACCGUCAGGAAAACUGGAGGCAUUAUGAGAACAACCCUAACCCUGGAGGAUGACUCGAGGCCAGCAGAGCUACAGUCAUGUCACCCUCGGGGAGACUCCAGAUUAGCCCUCAAGAUGAGACCAGGAGGUCUUGUAAGAGUAUAUGACGGGGCACUUGUUCCUGGGUCACAGUACAAGAGUUUACUUGUCAGUGAGAGAACCACCUGUGAGGAGCUGAUACGUCUGGUGCUGCUCUGCAACAACAUCCACAAUAAUGUUAAUAAUUUUUCUAUUUACGAGGUACGUCGAAACGAUGGACGAGAACGUAAGCUUCAUCAAGAUGAAAGGCCACUAAGACUGACAUCACGGUGGGUUUCUAGAGAUCAUGCAUGUCUUGUGGUACGUCACACACCCUCCCCUGCACCUAGAGGCCCACAUCACAUCUCUUGCAACUCUUAGAGCAUCCCUUAGACGGUGUUCUACCAAGAAGAUCAACACUAAUGUACACAAGACACAAAACCUCCCUGUUUCACCAGCUAAACCCUGCUCCACAUCAUCCACCUCACCAGUAGAAGCCCCAUCUGACAACAUGGUGCCUUCCACCACCAUUACUAUCUCCCCUAAUGGAGCUUCAACAGUCACAAUCAACACACCAACUAUUAACACUAACCUUAAUAACAAUAACUAUUGUAAGUCUACAAAUAAUAUUGAGGAGACAGAAAAAAUUGAGGAGCCUUGUCCAGUUCCUCCUCUUAGAAGUCCACGGCCAGUUCCACCUUCAAGAGCAGCAGUAAGACGACAGUUGCCCUGGACCCAGAGUGUGGAUUUGGUUGAAACACCAGUAGAUGAUGACAAUGAUGAUGAACUACAUGCUAACGUACGGACACGAAGAGCCCACUCAUACAAUGACUAUGAAAACUACUUCUAUAUAUAGGCUUCUUUGAAAGAGAAUUUAAUGAACAAAUAUGCUAUAGGAUAAAAGUAUUUUUAAACAUUGUGUAUUAAAUGAUUAUUAACAGUUCACUGAAGAUGUUACUACACUUUAGUAAUGUUAAUAGAAAUGGGAACAAAUAUUACAUGAUAUACAGUACAGUUCACUGUCAGUUAUGGUAAACAGUGAGGAUUUAUUUAAGGUGGAUAAUAUGCAAAGUUCCAUAUCAUUUGCUUCAUUUAUGCUAUUAUAUAUGUAAUUAUUCAAAUACAUAUGUAAUUGUAAGUCCAUUAUUUAGUGCUUUGUUCUUAAAUUGACAAUUGUUUAUUUUAUUGGUGUGCUCUUUGUGUGUACUGUACUGUACAGUACUGUAUUUGAGAUGAUUAAAGAACUUAUAUACUGUAUACUAUACUGUACCUGUGUUGUCAUCUUCAUUAUUGUGACAAAACUAUAGUGUGAUUAUGUUUUUCUUUUUCUUCAGUUUGUGACCUUGAUUGAAUAUUAAUAGUAAAUUAAUAGACAUAAAUAGACAUCUACUUCAGAAUAAAAUCAAACCAACAGAUCCUAACUAUGGAAUACAGUACUGUGCAUACACAGAAUUUUGUGCAACAAAGUAUAGAUUUUUCUUAAUCUACAAACUUCAUUACAGUAUUUGUUUUACAGAUCCAGUAAGAUAGUAAAUGGUUGGCCAUAACUUGAGUUAAAUACAGUAAUACUGUAUGUGUGUGUGUGUUUAUUGUGAGGCUUAUAUAAAGAUAGUUUUGACCAUCUAAGUUGGCUGUCAUUCUAAGUUGUUAUAUUUAUCUUGCAGGAACCUUUGUUAAAGUAUUAGAACCUUUGAUACAGACAGUAUUUUGUCAAGAUAUUUGUUAUGAUAACUAGCACAACUGAAGUGGUAUUGAUAUCAGAAUCCCAAGAAAACUAAAUUUAAAGCUAAAUAUCACUGUGCUGUUAAAGUGUCUGUAAAUUAUUGGUAUCCAGAUUUAACUUUGCUAAAGGUUUUAUGACCAGUAGGUUCUUCAUGACAACUGGAGAUCAUUUUCUGUACAAUACUGUACAGCUAUUGUCAUUUAUGUUAGUGUGUUUGUAAAUGUUAACAUUUUGUGUCCAAAUCAUACAGUAUUUUGAUAACUCCUUACCAUUUCAUUUUAUAUCCGAAAUGUAUUGUCAUUUGGCACAACAGGCGAGCAGCCAUAUUUUAAGGCAUACGUAUAAGAUGCACAGGCAGGGAGUAUUUAGGAUUAUUUUUUUUUUUUAGUGUACUUAAGCAUUUAAUGUUUACUCCUACUGAUAUGGAAUAUGAUGCAGAUAGUCUGUGGCCAUAGUGUUCUAAAAAUGAGGAUAAAAUUCCAUAAACUCAACAUGUUAGCACCAUCCUUGUUGAUAUGGUUUUACUAAGUUGUUGAUGUUAUGAUUGUUACUUGCUGUACUAAGAUGUCCAUACUAUGGUAAACACAAAAUGGCAACUGAAUACAGUAUGUGCUAGUCUUUGUUGUACGCCCAUAAAUGGCAUUACGUGCUGGUGAGACUAUGAACGAAUGGUGAUGACCGUCGGUGUUUUUCACUGUUGUCAUCAUAAUUUAAAGUUUUUUUCAAAAUUUAAAGGAUGUUUUCCAAUAAAUAUACAGUAAUAAGAUAAAUAUGUCAGGUAUGACAUUAAUAGAUAAUAAUGCUUGUAAGAGUUCAGAAACAGUUACUGAUUAGCUCUGAAGAGUUGGGUGCCAUAUUUUUAUGUACCCGGUAUACAGUAGUGUACUGUAUGUUUAAGUAAACAAUAACAUUUUUAUUCUGGAGUUGGGCUAGGUGAAUUUAGCUUACUGGAGACAAUGUCUGAGGGAUUCAUUAGCCUGUGGGAGACCUACA